AUGUCUACAAAUACCUACGACACUACCCUGAGGACCCGAACUUUGACCAAUGCGCCCACGAGCAGUGCUACCGAGACAGAGGCCGCUGCAGCUCCACCCUCAAAGCCACUGACGCCAGAGGAGACUGCCGGGGUGGCUAUAGGAAGUACAGCUGGAAUCCUACUUGCUAUAGUCGCCGCGAUCUUCGUCGCUCGCCGCUAUCAUGCUAUUCAUACGGCAAAGCGUGCCAGUGGUGGCUCAUCGGGUAUCUACCCCAAACUGGGGUACUUGUACGAUCCUUCACUCGGCGAGAACGGUGGCAGUGGCAGUGCAUCCGAUGAUGCACUCAUCUUCAUGUCUGGUGGAGCGAGUGGCUUGCCUUCGACUGGAAGCAGAACACCACCUCGCGUGCCCAAGAACUCUCGCGAGUACGAUCCUCGCGGUUGGCUCAACAUCAGUGCGCAGAAUUACAGCGACCCUGGCAACCCCUGGAGAGAAGACCCAUUCCGAGAUCCUGAAGACCCCUUUAGAGACCCCUUUAGAGACUGGAGAGGUAGCGAUGCGAUUACCUCGCCGAGUGAUCCUGGGUCUGAUCUUGUUGCGGAGGUGACAAAGUAUGCUGCGGGCCCGCAAAGACCUCUCCCCCCCGUACCAGCGUCUCUGACACCACUCUUCCGCGACCAUCUUAAAGCGUAG